UUGAAAAAGACAGUAGCAUAACAAAACUGUACUGUAAAGCUGCCAUUUCACGGAGCGAAGCUAAAGCUGGCGUUUACCCCCACUCUACCAAAGUAACGAUACAGCGAAGGUGAGCGAAGUUUCAGAAUACAUUAUGGCUGGAAGAAGCGAGAAAUACGCAUCACCAAAAAAUAUAGACAAAGAAAUGCUGCACACAUGUAGUGUGUGUAAAUCAAAAGUAGUGGAGGAGGAAAUAUGCAAUCAUCCUUGUCUGAGAGGAUAUGAAUUUUUUUACGUGGAUGAAAAUUUAAUCUUUCAUCCUCAAAAUCAGAACGAUGACGAACAAAGUUUGGUUGAUGAUUCACACAUGAGUUUGGUUGAUGAUUCAGAAGAAAUGGAUGAAAUAGAGAAACAGGUUCCUAAGAAGAUUAAGAAGACUAUUGAAACUUGGCAUAAUGAAAAACAUGUACAGGAAGAACAGCUUAUUGAUGAAAUUCAUAAGCGUCCUGCGCUGUGGAACUUUAAGCUUCCUCUUGCCGAACGAAGCAUUCAAAUAAAAAAAAAGCUCUGGGAAGAAGUUUCUGCAUCAAUAAAUAAUAUGGACAUUGCAACCGUUAAAAAGAAAUGGAAAUCAUUGUGUGAUUCUUUUAGAAUACAACAAAAUAAGCAAUAUCGUCCUAGUGGCUCAGCAGCGACGUCACAGACAAAUAAAUGGGUACACUUUGAUAGAAUGCAGUUUCUUAGUGAUGUGCAACUUACAAGCAAAACUGCAACUAAUAUUUCGAGAUUUGAAAGCAAUGAAGAACUUCAUGAAGAUUAUGAUGAUGAUAGUAGAAAUAGUAUUUUGUGUGAUGACAACAGCAGCAGUGGUCGUGGAUCGCGUGGUAGUAAACGUCGGAGUACGAGUAUUUCUGAUAAUGCAGCCAUUGAUCGAAUUGCUAAUGCUCUUAAUCAACCAGUGACUGUUAAAUUGCCUAGUUCGUCACCACCUGAUAAAAUAAUGUCAUUUGCCAAUCUUAUAGCUGCCCAACUGCGAGAAAUUGAUCCUCAGGAUGUCGAUGAAGUAAUGAUACAACUAUUGCAAGUUCUCAAUACUGCAAAGAAAAGGCAUUUAUAAUAAAACAUUAAAGAUAAGAAAUAAAAUUAAGUUUAUUUUUAAAAAACAAGAAAUAUAACUUUAUUAUUUAUUUCUAUCAUUUUGCCACGGUACGGCCCCAUCAUUAUUAAAAUAAUGACAAAAUUCAUCUCGAAUUUUUACACAUUCUUUAGCACUCAUAUUAGAC